AUGAUCAAGGCAAUCUUCUACAGCAAAUUCGACACGACUGAAGGUCCGAAAGUCGUGCAUCAGGUCCCCGAUGGCGCAAUCGUUCCCUCGCCUACCGCGCCCGCCCAGCCUCUCUUCUUGACCUUCUCCGACGUCUCAUUCUUCGUGAUUCCGCGCCAGGAACUGUGCGGCAAUCUUUUACAGGUCUGCACAAAUGGCUACCGCAUCUUGGGGUACCCAAUUUGCAUGAAGUCAGACCGAUACGCCCGCAAUGAGUUCAUUUUCAAUUUCUGCAUUGUUCUGGCGGAGGAGGACGAUUUCAGUCAGUACAAAAGUGUGGUCCAGAAGCUGGCGGAUUUGAUGCAUGCCUUGGAGGAGCAGAGCGGAUUUUUGUCCCGGGACUUCUCGAAAACUGGCGAAGGCAAAGUCUAUAGUCUCUGCGAGAUGUUGAUGGAGGAUUUAAACAACUAUUGCGAGUGCAUGAUUCCUAUCGAUGAACUUAACACCCUGAACAUCAAAUUGUUCCCUAUUUAUCCGUCUCCGCCAUCUGUCAAGGCUUGGCAGGUACCCCUGUUCACGGUGCGAUAUCAGGCCUUCAUGGACGAAAAUUGGGAUCUUUCUCUGCAGCGAAUUGUCCCCCACAUCAACGGUGUUAACAGUAUUCGUAUCAUUUCAGUCCUCGCAGACACGGACUUUUCUUUGACAUGUCGAGCGAUUCGUCACUUGCUAUACUACGGCUGUCUGUUUCUCUUGGAUGUCUUCUCCUUUUCUGCCAUAUACGCGCCGACUGCUCAGUUCAGUCUCACGAUUGGGUCGGAUGAGGCGAUGCAACUUGAGUGCGCCAGAUAUGUGAACACAAGAUUUGCGCCACACCCACCAGUCGGUCCUCGAACACCCGUUCGACCUCAACUGGUACCCAGAGCAUCGUCCACCACCAGCGCGAACUCCCCCGGAGCUGGGCCAUUGUCAAGCUUGCCCCAUGAGCCUGCCACGAGUCUAACUCGCGAGGAGAUUCACUUCGAUGCUGAAGAGAUCUGGCCCUUGAUGGGCGAUCGGGAAGAUGGCUCAGCCGCAGCAAUCACCGAAGCACCCGAAGACGACGGUCUUCUUGCCGGUCAAGGUCCCCGGAUAGUUGAUGGUGUAGGUAUCGUGGAGCUGUAUGCGGCCCUUAGGCAAGGCCAGAGUGUCAAACAAUGGUACUCGCAGCACAGUCGUCAGCUCGCGAACAUCGAUAUUCGCCGCUUUAUCACAUUUGGCGUUAUCAAAGGGUUUAUUUAUCGAGUGCACAAAUAUGCGUGCGCAACAGGCCAGCCGGCUCCAAAUACGCGCUCUUCGUCCUCUAUGAUGCAUGUGAACUCCUCGACCGGGCCAUCUUCACGUACAACCACGGGACACAACACGCCUUACGCGGCAUCGAGCGUCGGUGAAGACGCCCCAAUUUCUACCCAUCACGGAAUGAAUCGCGGCCACGUACCUGUCGGCAGCGGUCCGUCUGCAGUCUUUGAAGAUGAUGAUGAUGAUGAGAUUGACGAUCGCACACUGUCGAAAUACUUGGACGGAACGCAUAGCUUUGAUCAAAUUUGCACAGAGCUAGAGAUAAGCGAGCGCGAGUUAACGAAGCGUUUGAAGAAGUAUCCGGGGGAGGUUCUUAUCAUUCAUCGAUGA